UUCACGCCCGGUGAGAGAGAGAAAGAGAGAGAGAGAUGUUAACGGUCGUCGAUCGGUAAUAAUAAGGAACAAUCACGCUUCCUCCGCGUGUACCACACCUCUUCUUUUUCAUCCGCCACGAGGCCGGGCUAUACAGUAGGGGGCGCGUGCGCGCGUAGCCCCCCUCGCAAAAGCGGACGGAAGACUGCUUCUCGGUGACAUCGCGCGGCUGGAAGGCUGCAGAGGAGAACGAGAGAGCGAUCGAGAUACUUCUCUUCUCCCCCCCCUCCCCACCACCAACGGUUUCAGGGCUCCCGAAUAUCUCUCCAUUAGCCCCCCUGAUGGUGCUAUCCCCUCUCCUUGACCCCUCUCUCGCCCUCUUUCUCUCUCUCUGGCGUGCACCCCUCUCAUCGGUUCCUGUCACGUCGGGUAGCAGCCAGGCAACACCACCACACGACGGGCGCCAGCGGCAGCGGAGACUCGACGGAGACGCAAGAAAACGGGGUUGAAGAAUCCUACGCCGGCGGAGAGACCAAUCAAGGUUUGACGAACGGCGGGGAUUGGUCGAGGCGCUCCUCUGACACGCAGAGAGCGCGGGCACGUGACAAGCUACCGCACACACCGGCCCUCCGUUGGAUCGUGGCGAGGCCUUCAGUACGAUACCAACCACCCUUCGCGCACGCAACAGGAACGGCGAACCGCGCGCGCGAUACUCCUCACCCUCCGUGACACGAGAGAGAGUAUGAGCCUCGCGAUACGAGUCUGUCGAGUGCAACAACGACACACCUGUGACAAGAACGCCGCGUGAAAUAAUCAUUCUCGAUGCAACCGUGUUAACCGUGACGUUAUGUUUUAUUGAGGCGGGGACUUUAUGAGGUCAUCUUCAAUGGAGCGCCUCGAUAAGCCGGUCGUUACGCGCUACUGCACAGUGGGUCCACGCAUUCUCCGUAGGUAAUCGCGACUCCUCCGUGAGGUCGUAAAGAAGCGGAAGACAGUUUUAUAGCCCAGGCCCACGUGGCCCUCGUAAACUUGACUCGCAGGUCGGCUCAGACCCGCCUGCCGUCUGCCUCUCUCUCUCUCUCUAUUAGCUCCUGGGAACCCCUCGUUCAUUAUCGAAUCGUUUAAGAGACGUGUUUCGUACGCGUGUAACAGGUCGUGAUACUUGUGAAACGUUCGCGGGAGUGUCGCGCGAGGGAGAGAGAGAGAGAGAGAGUCACGAUGACGCGAUUCUAUACUUAAUGACGGCGCCCGUUGUUCCAUCGUCUCGGCCAAUCGAGACCGCUACGCAGUUGGUGUUAUCGUGAAUGACGGCGCGUAGACGCGUGGAGAGAUCGGUACAGUGAGAGAGAGAGAGAGAGAGAGAUCUCGACGACGUCGGGUGAGAGGGUACGUGAAGAAUGAGUUCCUAUCAGUUCGUCAACUCGCUCGCAUCAUGCUACGCGGGUCAACAGCCACAGCAGCAGCCGAGACCGACACCGAAUUCGCCUGGCGAACCGAUGCAGGCCGCGUCGCCGGCCGGUGGAGACUAUUACAACCCGAACGCGGCGUCCACCAGCUAUCCCGCGCCCUGUUACUCACCUCAGCAGCAUUAUCCGCAGCAUCCUUACGCCACUCCCGCGUCCGGUAUGCAGCACACCGCACCGACCGGGAUGAUAGACUAUACCCAGCUGCAACCGCAGCCACGGCUGAGCGCGACUGCGACGUCACAGCAGCAGCACGGUAUUCACGCUCAGCAAUCGCAGCACCACCAGCAGCAUCAUCCCCAGCAGCAGCUCCACGCGGACCCGACGACGCCCCUGCUGCAGGCCGGCGCGGCACCGUCAGCGCCGUCAACGUCCAGCUGCAAGUAUGCUGAUUCGACCUCCUCCACCAGCGUGGCGUCCCCCCAAGAUCUGACCACGUCCACCUCGAGGAACAGUCCGACGCCCUUGGUGGCGCCCGGAACGAGUAAAGCCGGAUCAGGACUGACUUCGCCGCCUGGUAGCUCGUCAAGGUCGUCCGUCGCCGCUUCCGCCGCUUCACCCCCCAGUGGUAGUUCGAGAGGUGUCGGCGAGGGAAACUCGACGCUGACGACGGCGUCUUCCGCAUCGUCACCCGCUUCCUCCACGUCCAGCACCUCCAGCACCGGCAACAACUCGUCCAACAAGGGGAACGCCUCCGGUAGCAACCCGCCUCAAAUAUACCCGUGGAUGAAGAGAGUUCACAUUGGCCAGAGUACGGUGAAUGCCAACGGCGAGACGAAACGGCAAAGGACCUCGUACACCAGGUACCAGACCCUGGAACUGGAAAAGGAGUUCCACUUCAACCGCUAUUUGACGAGGCGGCGUCGCAUCGAGAUCGCGCAUGCCCUCUGUCUUACGGAGCGUCAGAUAAAGAUCUGGUUCCAGAAUCGGCGUAUGAAGUGGAAGAAGGAGCACAAGAUGGCGAGUAUGAACAUCGUGCCGUACCACAUGUCGCCGUACGGCCACCCUUACCAGUUCGCGCCCCACCCCGGUCAGUUCGCUCACUUGGCCACAUAGGACGAGUUCUCGCCCGCCGAGCUCGGAGCACACGCUGUCCGGUUCCCCGGGAUGUACGGCGAGCAGAACUUCUAAAAGGCUUUUUCCGCCCUAGACCCUACGCGCUACGUCACGGGCCCCUGUCACGUGACGUGGAUGACCGGGUCGUGGAGACUUCACUUCCAGUAGGACACGUGGAUGCGUGUUCGUUCCGCUGACUCGCCGCGAUUGCUCUCGCAGCAGCGACGCUGGGGUAACGGAUUGUCGCAGCCGGGGCGAGGAAGACUAUCAUCCUCCUUCCGUACGUUAAUCUUGUAUUUAAAAUUGUUUCGCAUAUUUAUUGGCGUUACUGGCGCAUCCGGGAAAUUAGGGAAGGGGGCGAUUCCUCCGGUGAAGAAGGAGAGAAAAAGCGCGCCAGGGAAAAUGAGAUAUCCUGUCUGUCUGUCUGUCUGUGUGUCUCUCUCUUUCGGGACAGCGCGAAGAGGCAGCAAUCCGUUCCCACUCGUCCGCGGACACGAAGUCCACACUGUCGCUAUUACGACUAUUCGAAGUUGAAGGGAAGCCAAAAUUUUCUGCACAUAUAGCGCCGUACGCCCGAUUUAAUAGACUGGACGCGCUCCGAGGGGCUCUCACGCAUGAGAUUAUAAAAUACUGAAUACCGAAGCGAAUGAGAGGCCACCUCAGCGGGUGAGAUGAAACCGAAAUCCCUAGCUUAAGAUGUAGAAAUUUUUGCGGUCUAAGUAAUUAAUUAAUCUUAAAAAGAAGAAAGGGAAAAACAAAUCUAUCCGUUAUCUUGUCUGGCUGCGCACUGUUUCAUUUGUGAAUGAAUAAUCGACCGGAAAUGAUAUCGGGAGAAUGCCGCUCACAUGUACUUAUUUAUUGUUCUCUUCUUCCGAGCAUUGUUCCCUUGUUCGGUCUUUUCUAAAAGAAAAAAAAAAAGAGGAGAAAGAAGGACGUAUUUAUCGAAAAAAAAAAAAAGAAGGAGCCUGCGAAAGACCAAAACAGCCCCAAGAGAAACAUAGUUUCUAUCUGCACGUUAGAGUCUCUAUUUUGUAGUUCGUAAGACGCCAAUUAAAUACUCGAACUGUUCUCCGUUGAAUCCUGAAUGACAGAGGUGACUUUGGAAAUGAUCCACGGUUAACGUGUAAAUUAUGCUGGCUUUAUGAAGUAUUCUAGAAAGUAAGGAACGGCUGACGCGACGCUAUAUUAGUAGAGUAACGACGAGAUAUUCAUGCAGCAUAAUUUGCACGUACGAUUAAAAGUAAUAUAAUUAUUACAAAGCUAUAACACACAGUUUACACAGAAUCAUAAUUACAUACUUACAUCUGUAUUUACACUUCCACUACUUUUUUUUUCGUAUGAAACGCCUAGACAUACCUUAAUUCCUUCCUACAUUAAUUUACGCGAUUACACGCAGAAGUGGUCCGUGUGAAAUUACAAAAGGUAUUGUGAAUUCUGAUUUUUACACACGCCGCGUUUUCUUCCGGAAAUAAACUCUCGUGUCAUAAAAUUGCGCUUGACUUUGCAACAUCGUAUCGACGGUCUUAUUGUGCGAUAUUGACGAAACGGUGGGCAGCUGAGGGCCCAGCAAUUUUACUGUACAUAAUUCUCACAGCAAAAUGUAACCGAUGUCUCUCCCUGGAGCAGCCACGUUGUUCCUAAAAUUGUUGGUACGUAGACAGAUCUUGCGCGGAACUUGACGUUCGUUUUCUCUCUCUUUUUUUUUUUUGUUUUUUCUUCUAUCCUACCGCAUCGAGCAUUUUAUCGCGAUCGAUAGAUCAAAUGGACUGCUAUUGUUUCUCUCGUCUCAAGAUAUAUUAAUCUUAAUCCUCAUAGAAAUCCGCGAGAUGUAUUAGUUUCUAUAACCAUAUCCGAAGUUCUAUAACCAAGUCCGAACUAUACGAUGAACGAGAAAGAAAAAAAAAAAAAGAAAGAAACGCAGAGAGAAGAGAAAAUGUUUUGUGCGGUCGAACGGAAUAAAUGACACUCGCUACAUUGUGAGUGUGUGUAAUAAACUACGAUGGUGCAAUGUGUGUGCAUGCCGCGCUGGAUAUCUAACGCAAAUCGCAUGCAUGUGCCACCCGAUUGCGCGUACUUAUCGAUACCCAGAAUACGCAUAGGUGUGUGAUUGUGUAACAGAAGAAACGUAUUACUCCGCAUGAAUCGGUAAAAAAAAAAAAGCGAUUGGAUAUUGGACUAGUUAACCGGGAAGCGAGCGCAAGUGUAUGUAUGCUAAUUAGGUAGUAUCUAAGUAACUGAUUAUCUUGUGAUACAACAGAUGGAAACGUUUAAAAGCAGUCGCUCUAUGCUUAUCAAAUUAUCGUAACCGCGCAUUACGCGAUGCAAAUUCGGAAGAAUACAGGGAAUUUAGUAUGUCAAGAUAUCUUAAGCGAUACAAGCGAGAGAGAGGGAGAGAGAGAAAGAGAGAAAGAGAGAGAGAGAGGAAGGACACAAAUAAAAAAGAGAUCUUUUAACUAGAUUAGUACUGAAUUGUACAUAAUUAUUAAAUAUAUAACACGAUAUCGAAUGACGUUAUUACUGUGUACGAGGCGUUAAUGAAAAAAUGGUCCUCUUUCAAUCGUCGUACGAAUUACGAAUCGGACUACCGAAUUAGCGAUUAAGCCUAGGUAAAGUGUUACUGAAAUCAACUCUUGCGAAUGGAUCAAUUGGAAGUAAACGAUGCCGGAACUGUAUUUGAGCCGACAAUUUCGAGACGUCAUCCGGAAUACGGAAUAUAAAAGGGUACUUGUUUCUCUCUCACACACAAAUGCAUCCGGAAGAAACACCGUAAUUCUUUUCGUUAUCGCCUGGUACAUUAUAAGGAUAUUUAAAUAAAGUAUAUAGUGAGGAUUUUAUUAUUAUUAUUAAUAUUAUUAUUAUUAUUAUCAUCAUCAUUAUCAUUAUUGAAAUUCUUGAUAUUAUCUCUAUUAUUGUAUUGAGAGUGAGUCUGUUACUAAUGACUUGGUCCAGUGUUAAUAUUGUAUUUUAUUUGUUUCGUUAUUAUUAUUUUUUUUUUCUUGUUGUUUACGCCGCGUGUCGUGCAACACGUUCCGUACCUAUAAACGAUGUGCAUAAACGAUGCGAGAUUUGAAUUACUCUUUUACACGAGAGACACAUCGCGGGAUACGUAGUUGUGCUAUCUCGAUGGCUUAUCGAAAAUCGAUUCGGAGAGUCGUUCCCGUAGUAUGUGCCCGCGGUUUGACGUGGAGAGAGGCGAAACGAAAGCUGCAGAUAUUUACUAUUUACUCGUCAGGUGCGAAGGAUGCGUUCUCCGAGUUAAAUUAAGCUCAAAUAUUACGUUCGCGUAGCGUCACUCAAAUGUUACUUCAUUCCAUGUAAUAUACGUAAUAGUCUAAACUAAAAAUACCUACUUAUUACAUCUACGUAAUCUAGAGCA